AUGAGUCCACAUUUAAUUCAAAUUUCCAAAGCCAAAAAUGUUACUCAUGCUGACCUUAUUGCGUCUCUAACUCUCAAUGAUAGAGGUAACACCCUUAAUGCCUCAUAUUACCAUGUUGUGAACCCACUGACUAACAAUGUUGUUGGGGCAGAGUUUUCACAUAGCUUUUCCAGCAAUGAGAGUACACUCACCAUUGGCACACAACAUGCUCUAGACCUAAUAAGCUUGUUGAAAGCUCGGGUGAACAACUAUGGCAGGGCAAGUGCUCUGAUCCAGCAUGAGUGGAGUCCCAAAGCACGUUUUUCUCUAGUUGGGGAAGUAGAUACUGCAGCCAUUGACAAGAGUGCAAAGGUUGGCCUUGUUGUGGCCUUUAAGCCUUAG